CAAAGUUUACAGAAACAAUUUAAAGGAAACUUUUUAUAAAAUUUAAGACAAAUCUAUGGCUUCGUUUUUCAUUGAAAAUGUCUUAAUCGUUUAGUGAGUUUACUCCGUUACAAACAUCGAAGCGAAGUAAAUUCUUUUUUAUUUGAGGGUAAUGUUACAUUAUCCUCAAAUAAAAAAGAAUUUACUAAUGAAUUUGUAGAAUUUGUACUAAUGUUACAUUUACGUUUAAUGUCAAAGUAAAAGUCCGUAAUACAGAUUUAAAACUACUCUUCGAGAAAUUGAAUAACAUUUGCGAAUUUAUGAAAUUUACGAAAUUUGGUAAGUUACAAACAUCAAAGUCAUAAUAGAUUGAUUGUUAUUUUAAAUGUAUACGAUUGACACUAAACUAAAUUUUUGAUGUCGAAGCAAAACUCCGUACUUACAAAAAUUUUUAGUGCGCCAAUUGAAUAAAUCAGAUGCAAAUGCGUUUCGAUAGUGUUUUCAAACUGAUUAAAAAAUAUAGAGUGUAUUGCGUUACACAUUCUGAAAUGAAUUGCAACAUUUUACGUUUAUUUGUUUACUUUUAAAAUGAUUGAUUUUUUCGAAUGUAAAACUAAAACUCCGGAAUUGAAAAGAUAUCAGAUUUGACUAAAUGACAUAAUUCGUAAAACAGAUUUAACGUUUCCGUCGCUAAAUUGCAUCAAUUUGUAAAUUUAUGAAAUUGGCGAAUUACAAACAUCGAUGAAUUUAUUAUUUCUUUACGUGUAUGCGAUUGACACCAAAUUAAAUUUUUGACGUCUAAAGGCCCGGCCACACGGAAAAAAAAUUAUGACUUUCAUGAGUAAAAUUGUACGUACAACAAUUUGACUCAACAAAAAGAAUUAAUCGAGCCACACGGAAAUGUUUGCUCAAAAUAUGUCGCGAGUAAAAUUAUUGCAUGAAACGGGAAACGCCGUGUGAACGGUGAAGCGAGUAAAUUUUUACUCGCAAGUAAACUUUUUUUUACUUUGAACAUGUUCAAAGUAAAAUAAAAUUCUUGCAUGAAAAAUCUCAAAAUCCCUAUCCUUUUAACGCAUUUAAAUGUAUCACGAGUUGUCUCAAAACUGAAAGUUGGUUUAUUUCAAAAAUUCGUCCCAACGAUUAAUUUGGUCUUGAUUAAAUAAAGCAAGGUAAUAAAACACUUAGUUUUAAAUAUAAAUGCUAUUAUUUUGUCAUUAAUGUAGCGCUACAUUAUUUUGAUAGCUUCAAAUGGACGAUAAGGAGAUUGUUGCUCUCAUCCUAUUGAGACGUCGACUUAUUAGGCAAAGGUCAAAGAGAAAAUGUUGGAUUCAUCCACUAAAUUUGUUGCGGCCAACACUGGGCGAGCAUUUAAAACUUGAAAUGAUGUACACUAAUUAUCCCGAUAAAUUCUUUGAGUACGCGCGGAUGACUCCUAUCCAAUUCGAUAAGGUACUUGGCAUGGUGACAUUGGAUAUAACAUUGCAAGAUACAAAUUAUCGUCUUUCAAUACCUCCUCGUCAGCGGCUAUUUAUUGGCCUCAGGUAUUUAGUGAGUGGGGAUUCAAUCAAAACUAUUGCAACCAGCUUUAGCGUUGGAAGGUCAACUGUGCAAAAUAUUAUAAAGUCCGUUAACCAAGCUUUAUGGAAAAACUUGCAACCGGUUUAUCUUAAAGUGCCAGAUAAAGAAAAGUGGAUGGACAUUGUGAAGGGAUUCGAUGAAAAGUGGAAUUUUCCUAAUUGUUUAGGAGCUAUUGAUGGAAAACAUGUCAUGAUUCGAGCUCCACCAAACUCAGGGUCACUCUUCUUCAAUUACAAAAGUUUUUUCAGCGUAGUAUUGCUUGCUACAUGUGAUGCUGACUAUCGUUUUACGACCGUCGACAUUGGGGGAUAUGGAAGACAAAGCGAUGGGGGAAUAUUUAGCUCUUCCGCUUUAGGACGGGCUCUGGACGAAGACCGACUUCAAAUACCAAAUCCCUUGCCACUACCUGGAUCAAAUAUAGUGCAGCCUUGCACCUUUGUUGGUGAUGACGCCUUCGCACUAUCGGAUAAAAUGAUGAAGCCAUACGAUCAAAGAGGUCUGGACAAGAAGAAGCGGAUUUUCAACUACAGAUUAUCGAGAGCAAGGAGAAUAAUUGAAAAUGUAUUCGGAAUAAUAGCCAGCAGAUUUAAUAUUUACCGACGAUCAAUUAUUAGUGAUCCUGAGAAUGUCGUCAAUGCUAUCAAAGCAACUGUCGUUCUACAUAAUUUUCUAAGGACAGAAGAGUUACUAAUGCGACCUGAAACUAGAAAAUACUGCCCACCUGGAUACUUUGACAUUGAUGAUGAUAAAAAUGUAGAAUGGCGUUUACAAGGUGGCGGCUCUGGAUUAGCAGACUUCAGGAAGAAUAAUAGGAAUAACUAUACAAAUAAUGCAAGAAUAAUGCGGGAUAAUUUAUGUAAUUACUUUAUGGGUAAUGGUAGUGUUGAAUGGCAAGAAGAGAGAGCCUUUUUUAAUGUAGCUGCAGUGUAGCGCUACACAAAUAAAAUAAUUUUACAAACAAUAUUCUAUAAAAUAUGUGACUUUAUUUGCACCAAGUAUAUUCAUUAUUUAGUUCUAAUUUUGGUGAUGGGGAUUUGGAUAGAGGGAGAUGUGAAUAGCAUUCUGAAUUUGUAAUUUGACAUAGCUUGACAUCAUAGGAGUCAUAUUCCGCAAUUGAUUAGCAAUAGAUAGCCCAAAAUGAUAAUGCUCAUCCUGGUUUUCCUUAGGUCGUUUUGGAAAAUCCACCAACUCUUUGUCAACUUCCGAUUCUUCCGUCUUCCUUUUUCUGUAGCCUGUCGAAGUAUAAUCAGCUUUUGGUUUCUAGGAUAUAAUAUAUAAUCAUUAACCCGUUAAAUUAAAAUUUAUGAUUGUAUAUCGAUUUGCAUUUACCUUUAUCAUCAGAGCGCUCUGAUUUGAUGACGGGUCGACUGCUUGCAGGAGUCGAAGAAUUAGUAUUAGCAUCCAAUUCUUCUUCAAAGUUACUUGAUGACUCUUCUUCUUCAUGAUCUUCAACUAAAUUUCCACUGGUUCUAUAAAUUUGAAAAGCAAUUUAGCUGUGAAUACAUGUAUAAUAAUAAUAAAAUAACUUGUGUUAUAAAAUAAUUUGUACAUGGCGGUUGAUGGGAUGUCUCCAAGAAAUAACAAGUAGAAAGUGACCACUUUGGACAAUUUUCUUUCGUUUUUUUCCCGUUUUCCCAAUUAACGAUCGCUUCUUUCGAGUGUAUUCAUUUCGAAGAGCUGUCCAUCGAUUUUUACACCAUGAAACUAUAAUGAUAAAAUACUUCCAAUGUAUAUUUAGGAUAUUUAUUAAUAAAUAAAUAAUAGGGUAGCGCUACCCUUGGCCUACCUGAUUGUUUAACCUCGGAUGCGAUAAGGGUCCACAGCUGUGGUUUUAAAUCACGAGAUUUAUAAUCUUUAUCCAUAUGAUUCCAAAUAGCUGGAUUUCUUUUUACAGCAGCAAUUAAUGUCUCAUCCUUAUCGUCUUCUGUAAAACUCUCAUUAAUGUCCGUAAAACUCUCUGUAGUAUCAGUAAAACUCUCAGUAGUAUCAGUAGUAUUACUGAUGUCUGUAUCAGUAUCCACAUGCUUAGAGUUGCCGGUGAGAUGAGUUCAUCUCAUCCCAUCUCAUGUGAAGAUGAGUUUGAGAUGAGAUGAGAUGGCCGCUAAAUGAGAUGAGAACUCACAUGAGACGGGUAAAGUGAGAUGAGAUGAGAUGAGCUCAUGAGAUAUGAGAUGAGUUAAGUGAGACGAGAUCAGCUCAUUAAUAAAUAUUAAUCAGCAUUCAAUUUGCGAACUUUUGGGGUGUAACCUAGACAAAACUCAUUGUGGUCAACUGUGAGGGUGUACCCAAGUCAAAAUACAAUUUUGACUUUGGGGGACUUUGGGGAA